AUGGAUGAGAUCGCACCCGAGUACGAUGUCGUUGUCCUUGGAACUGGACUGACAGAAUGUGUCCUUUCCGGUGUCCUCAGUGUCAAGGGUAAGAAGGUCUUACACAUCGACCGCAAUGAUCAUUAUGGCGGAGAAUCUGCCUCACUCAACAUCGAGAACCUUUUCAAACGAUAUGGCAACUACUCAAAGGGAGAAGAACCGUGGAAGAAAUAUGGCCGAGUGAACGAUUGGAACGUUGAUCUCGUGCCCAAACUUCUCAUGUCCAAUGGCGAAUUGACCAACAUUCUGGUAUCUACUGACGUCACACGAUAUCUCGAGUUCAAGCAAAUAGCAGGAAGCUAUGUUCAACAGGGACAUGGAGCGCGGGCCACGGUUGCCAAAGUACCUUCGGACGCAGGGGAGGCUUUAAGAUCGCCAUUGAUGGGACUAUUCGAAAAGAGAAGAGCAAAAAAGUUCCUGGAAUGGGUUGGGGCUUUCAAAGAAGACGAUCCCGCCACGCACAAUGGACUCGAUCUCAACACCUGUACGAUGAAAGACGUGUACGACAAGUUCGGCCUUGAAGCUACAACCCGAGAUUUCAUCGGUCACUCAAUGGCUCUUUACACCACAGACGACUAUAUCAACCAAGAAGGAAUGGCAAAAGACGCCAUCGUUCGCAUCCGACUCUACGCCAACUCCAUGGCUCGUUACGGCAAGUCACCCUACAUCUAUCCUUUAUACGGCCUAGGCGAACUACCCCAAGGCUUCGCCCGUCUUUCCGCCAUCUACGGCGGAACCUACAUGCUCAACACCUCCAUCGACGAGAUACUCUAUGAUGGUUUCAAAGUCGCUGGCAUCAAAGCCACCAUGAAAGAUCGCAGUGAUUCCGAGGACGCUGGCGAUCAAGGCAUGAAAUUCACCACCAAGACGAAGAUGAUCCUCGGCGACCCAUCCUACUUCCCCGGCAAGGUGCGAGUAGUCGGCCAUCUCCUGAAGGCCAUCUGCAUCCUCAAACACCCCAUCGAUCGCACCGACAACUCCGACUCCCUCCAACUCAUCAUCCCACAAUCUCAAAUCGGCCGCCAAAACGACGUCUACAUCGCCAUGGUCUCCUCUGCUCACAACGUCUGUCCCAAGGGCUACUACAUCGCUAUCGUAUCCACCAUCGCCGAAACUUCGGCCAAUCAUCAUCUCGAGCUACAGCCCGGCCUGGAGAGAUUAGGAAAGAUAGAAGAGAAGUUCAUGGGCCCACCAAUCCCGCUCUAUGAGCCGCUGGAAAGUGGUGCCAGAGAUAAGAUCUACAUAUCGAAGAGUUAUGACGCGACGAGCCAUUUUGAGACGACGACGGAUGAUGUCAAGGAUAUUUACAGGAGGGCGAUGGGAGAGGAACUGGUCGUGGAGGGGCUGAGGGAGGGUCAGACGCUGGCGGAGGAGUAG